CAUACUUUCUCCGGUUGAUUGUGACCUUGCGCGGAUCCGGUUACGUUCAGUAACCUGGCAUGAUCUCGGUAUUCUUUCAAUACAACGAGAUUGUCAACAAAUAAAGUCAGCAACUGCCUUCUGAUAUUUGGCUUACGGAGGAUCUUAUCGGUUAACUGGCACGUAGUUUUCCUGUAAUGGUGAUCAUAUAUAUGAUCAUUUAGUGAUGAUCAUAUAUAUAUAGUCAACUGCGACUCGACGCCACGAUACAGGUCUUUCUAAAACCCCUUAAGAUCAGCGUUCAAAACGCCUAGACCUUUUCCUUUUGUCGUAUCGUAGGACGCGAGGUGACCUUAUACUGGCAUUUCGUAUCUUUAAUUAUGAUUUGAGUGUCUGUUUGUCUUAUCUUUUUACCCUCUCCAGCACUAAUAAUCUCCGAGUUCAUAGCAAGAAGGUCCACGAACCGCGAUCUAAUUAGCUUUAAGUGGGGUCAAUGACUGGAAUGCCUUACCCGAACAAAUGGUAUGAGCCCCAUCAGUGAAUAUUUCCAAGGUGAAGCUGGACGUUCACUGGAAGGCAAUCUGUCAGGAUUAACACAGGUUAACCAACCUACUAUCUUUAUUACUGAAGACUGAAUGAACUUAUAGUUUUAACUCAGCAAUAUAUUUAGUGUUUUGUUUUCACUUUUAGUUUUUUGAUACCGGAUAGUACUGAAUCACAGUAUAUUUCUCACACUAUAUGGCAUCUGGAUCUUAUGGAUUUAGAAGUACUGAAAUUAUUGUAAAUGCAGAUGAUGGGUUUUACUCGGAUAUUAGGGACCGGGGCAUUGUUUCUUGUCUUUCAACAGUAGAUCGUGGGGUAUCGGACGUUUCAGUUCUAAUGAAUGGUGCAGUUGCAAAAAGUUUGCUUUCCUGUCCACACCAUAAAAGACCACAGAUGUCCUCACUGUUCUCACAUAUUUCACGGAAUAGACACAUCCCAGGUAAUAUUGUUCAAUAUGCACUUUAUUGAAAACAUCAAUGUUUCUGCUAAUUUGUUCACUUUAUAUCUACACAUUGUUCACUGUGUUUAUCAUCGACUUUUGCUGAGACUUGAGUCACUUACUUCUUGUAUCCCAUUUAUUGUGUGGGACAGUCGUCAGUGCUUGCCCAAAUUUCUAUUCAUUUUUCUUGUUUUCACAAAAUAUCAUUGCUUCUUUCUUUAUCUACAGUAGCUUUUCUGAUUUGGGAUAUUGGCUCACUAAAAACGUUGCUCUUGAAUAAACAAGCAAACGCGCUGUCUGGAGGUAUAUGAAUGGUCUAAGAAGUCUUACUUUCUUACCGGUCACGAUAUACAUAUGACAUCAAUUAUCAUAAAAACUGCGGUAGUUACCUACUACCCAAAUCAUUCAGUUCACUUUUACUAAUUUGAUACAUUCAUUAAUCCCAGUGGACUGUAAAGUACUCACUGAGUCAGAUAUAGCUAUCCGAAGCAUAGUGUAGAUCACCAACGUAGAUGAUCUAUGUCGAAUGAUUGAGGGCCUACUUGAGUUAAACGGGAAUGGUGUGACCAGCAGCUAACGUCAAAAUCACGGCUCGCAGUCAGCAUCUAACGUGGAUUACCCCUUCGUUGUAUCAAGGUACUAUUGAUACUUUGAGGACCAUACAGCACAAAGGACGUUAUUAUGGAAAUAUAUUAGUAAGAAAGAGUACAGAGAAGAUAGUGAGACCACCAACACAUUGGCCAGUCCCAUUGCAUACGAUUAACUGAUGCGCGUUGGUUGUCCUUAACUUUGAAAGGGAUCGAUGAUCUGUUCGAUAUUCAGUGAUCCAACUGCCAGAUGGUUUGUCUAGGACUCAGUGACAUUCCACUGACCCUACAAUACUCAGAUAGUUACAACAUAGAGCCUGUGCGUAUGUACGUCGGUUCAAGUUGCCAGACCCCAUUGGCCCAGAGAGAUGAAGUUCUCAGGCCAAAUACCACAAUAGUAGAGGUAGUUAGAGCAUCAGUGCUAAUGAAGUUGUACCAUAAUACCUACUUUAAUCGCGCGUGGCACAUAAGUCUAAAUCUCACGUAUGAAAACUGCAAUAACAAUAAAUUUGAUUAGAUAAAGGUGGCUGAUAAGAAUGUAUUGUAACUACAAAUUAUUCGACUCAUGUCAUUACGAACAACUGAGUAACCUUAAUGUUGGUUCGCUUAAAUCACUAUAUGGAAUGUUAUGGUACAAAAACUGAAACAUGAGAUGCAAAAUUGGGAAGCGUAAUUCCAUUCUAUUUAUCGGCUGUACCGUUGUAGUUGGAGUUGUAAUAGAAUUCGCUUUUGGGAUUCAGAGAUAUCUUAUUUAACUCGUUCCUUUGAUUUGUUGGUCGUGAGAGUUUCAAAUGUGUAUGACGUUUGUGGGUGUUACUCUUUUGAAUAAAAUUUUUUCGAUGAAUUGAUUUGUGUUUCCGACCACGUUUUGCAAAAUGAAAGCCAGGUUUCUAAUCGAAUGGAGCGUUUCAUAGUUAUACGUUCAAGCAAGCGAAGAAAAGGUAUCAAAUCUAAGUAUAACAAGACUUUACAAAAGAUUUUGGCUACAUACUUCCACAGUAUUAAAUGCUAACACAAACAGAAACUUUCAUAACCGUUUUAGAGUGUUUCGGACUGUUUCAAAUGAAUAAUCUUCAGGAUUCCAAUUUCGAUACUUUAUCAUAUGCUUAGUCCGAAGGAUCUUAUAAUUCUUCUUUAGCAAUGAAAACCGGUCAUCCUUAUUUUUAAGUUUCUAAAGAGUUUUUAGUGUUCAACCUUGUCUGCAAAUCCACAAAUAAGUCGUGCGAAGCGAACGAAGGUGGAUAUUGGUGAUGACUAGUUCCUCAUUUUCUAUCAAAAAAUUGCUGUUGCAGAAAUUAUUCGAGUAAAUCAUUGAUGUAACAAGUUAUUUGGGACAAAUGUAAGUCUGUGGUUAUCUAGAAUCCUAAGAUUAUGCACCGCCUAUAAUAGUUUCUCAUUCACGUGUGAGCCAAUUGUCACUGAAAUCAACAAACCGAAUCUAACGAAUCUAUUUAGUUCCUAUAAGUUUUUUCGGACUUUCAGUUUGGCAUUUAGUAAAUCAAUUUAUUAUAUUGUUAUUUUCUGUAGCGUAAUAAAUGCAGAUGAUUAGUUUUAUAAUGUGUAGUUUCAAAAGGUUCAUGUUAUCUUUUAUUGACACGUGAUACAAAAAUCACAAACGUAAUGACUUAAUACAUUUCGGUUUAUAAACUUUUAUGUGAUUCGGAACUGGAGAUACACUCGCAAGUUUUAGUUUUGAGAAUACGGAAUCAUGUCUUCUAAAUUUGUUGACAUGAUCAGUUAUUUUAUAGUUUCGGUGUGAAUUUCCUCUAAAUAUGUAUUAAACUACAUAGAGUAGGUUGUAAGUUCAUUAUAUUUUUUUGUUUGAUGGUCUAUUUAGUCAGUUGAAAUGUGGCUGAUUUCUAUUCGUUGGUAACCUGAUUCUUAAUCCUUUCAAUUCAUUCACCAUUCAGUUCAUAUCUUUUGUAGAUGCGCCCAGUGAAAUAUAGGCUAUUAGCCGGCUAAUUCAAUUUUUGGUAGAGGAGAUAAGUUUCUUUCAUCCAAGACUGCAUAGAGCUAACCUUGAUCUUCAGGUUAUCUUUCUUGUUUGAUUAGUUGGUCACAGUUCCAUAGCGACUUCCCACCAUACUUUCAACAUCCAUACAUUUUAGUCCAGUAUAAGUGUUCAUUUUUGACUUUACAUGUCAUAAAAUUUAUUAACUGCACGUCCCUAAAUAUAUUUCGUACAUAUAUUGCGAAAGAACACAUGUGUCUCCAAAAUGAGUCCCUCCAAGAGUUUAUAUUUCAACUAAGAAUCACUUAUAAAUGUAAGACAAAUUAGUCUUGAAUUUGUGACAAAAUCGGUGAAAAUGUUGGAUGAAAUUCGUAAAUAUCUGCCGGUGAAAGUCACGCUCAAUGCGAACAGAACGCUAAUUUGUCUGAAUAUGCACGUGAAAAAAUGUCAAAUGAUGAAGAUAAUCAGUAAAAUUGUGGAGAUAGUGAACGGUUUAAGUUUCAAGAUCGAUGAAGGAGUGAUGUGAAUGUGCUUUUCAAUGCAGGUCCCAUAUCUAAUCAAGUGUUUAAGACAACAUUUAUCAUUAUCUGGUCUAGAUUGACGUUCUUUUAGGUCUACAUUUUAACUUGACUGAAGGAAAACCUUUAUCCAAUACGAAGUUUGUACGAAGCUUACUGAAUGAUCAUAGUUAUUUCCUUGGUAAGCAUGGGUUUCGAAGGAAGUUGGUGUUCUCUGGCAUUCACAUGAAUGAAGUGAGUUUCAUGAGCUUUCUUUGCAAAACGAUUGUUUUUGGUUGAUAAACUACCGUUCUGUUUUUGUUGUUUCAGUCAAAAUUUCAGUAUUCUAAAUACCUAUUCAAAGGCUGAUAUUUGGUGUAUUUUUUACAAUGGAAUAUUUGAUUUUCGUAUUUUUGAAUUUUAAAGGUAAUGUGUUCAGUUGCGGUCAUCGAGUUCUAUAUGACUUAAAUUGAACUAUUCUGGGUAUGCUUACUUAGCAUAUCAAUUCAAUCACUGCCAGUUAUGAUAGUAUGUCUACGCUUUGAGGAUUAAAAUUAAUGGGGUCAAUGGAUUGACCAGGUAUCUAGUUUUAAUUUGGGGCACUUCAGUAAUAAGUCUGACAUAUUUGUCAGUAAAUUAUGUUCAGCUUUAGAGUUGUGGAAUUAAAAUCUGCUUGUGGUUGUUUUUUUUUCCAUAAAUUCGUUCGUUUUUCCACACAACUUGAUAUUUGUAUUAAUUUUAGAAAUUCUGUCCCCUGCUAUCUGCCUAGUUGAGAUGUUUUGGGAAAGCUGUUGUUAAAUAAUAAUAAAUCUUUUGUACAAUGUAUUGUACUUUAGGUUGAAGUUGAACUGGAAUCACAAAUAAAUGCAUUUCGAGAUGUUUUUGGAACUAUUCCCAGUCAUUUCGAUGGUCAUCAACAUGUUCAUGUUUUGCCAGGGAUUGACCUGGUCGUAGCUAGAGUUAUCUCUCGACUUGGGAUUAAAUGGAUUCGUGUUCCCAUUGAAUAUAUUCCAGAAACAUCCUGUUGUAUUACUGAAUAAACCUUCAUACAGACUAGGUUCUUAUGUUGGUGAUUAUUCAGAAACCGUUCAACGUUUCUCAUAUGAUUUCAACAGUUGAGAUCAUGAGUCAUUUGAAGCUAGACCACCAUGGAAAACCUGGAAGCACUCAUAUAAACAAAAAAUAUUGAUAGGGUAAUAACAAAGGAAUUGCACCGAACAACACGUAUUGAAAGCAAGUAUAAUUUGACAGAGUAGCCUAUUCGUUGGAAUUACUUAUACUUUGUCGUAGUAUAUAAUGUUUGUAUCUAAUUUUGCCAAUUUCUUAUCUUUAAUUACUGAGAGUUGUAAUAUUGCAAUCCUUCUGAACAUUAUUAAUUAGUGUUUGUAAUAUCUCACAAUUUUAACUUUGUUUACUUGUAUUAUUUGUGUUUCACAUUUUAUUCCUAGUGAGAAUAGUCAUAAAUUUUUAGUAAUGAUGAGUUUACAUUAUAUUGAUAAGAGAGAUAUGAUUUUCUUUUUUUUCUCCACAUGUACUCUUCAUUUCAUUUCUUUUUUUUCUUUUGUUUUAUCAAUUACUUUAUGUUAAUUUUUGAUUGAACUCUGUAUCAUUUUAGCUGAAAUAAAUUUCUAUAGAGAAGUAUCUGAUCAAGCGAUGAAAGCAAAGGAAAUAUUUUCAUCCUAUAGUUUAAAAUAUACUCAAAAAUUUAUUGGAAUGGCGCUGAUGGGAAAAAACCAAACAAUGGAAUCAUUGGAUCAGUCUUUAUCAUCUUUUGAAGAUUGUAAGAAUGUUGAAUUUAUGGUUCAUCCUGGUUAUAGAACAAUAAAACAUACCAAUGAAUCUAAUAAUCUUGAAGGCUGUGGAGAUCCUGAUGGUCCUGAUUUAUUUUCACAGUCAAGUGAUCGAGAACAUGAAAUGUUUUUUCUUACAAGUGAUGAAUUUAAAGGCUAUUUAAUGGUACAUAACUAUGAACUUUUGAAAUUUUCCGACUUAUCAUAAAUCCAUAUUUUAUUUCCGCUAUUGUUGCUACUAUUGAAAAGAAUAAACGUAUCAAUUAAAAGUAGUAAUAAGCAAUUUAAAGUUUUGUUAUGCUAACUAAAUUAUUCAAGACACGAUUAUUCCAUUUUAUGACCAUGUUUUCAUUUUAUUAACUUUAGACAAAAUUGUUCGUCUGUUUUAGACAGAUUAGGUGAUAUUUAGGAUACAAAAACCCUUUGAAGUACGAAUUAGGACAACUGGAUGACUGUAUAAUUCGAAUCUAUUGCAUAUUUUAUAUUAUCUUGAUUUUUCUAUAGAUGGUGAUCAUUCAUUUUAUCCUUCCUAAUGUUUCAUAGAAGUGAAUGUUUAUACUCAAGACCCGUAAUCGAUAACAUGGAAUGGUCAAUGUUAGGACUUUGAUGUUUUGUUAUGAAUAAUCAACUUUCCUAUAUUCUUUGACUUUUAGUGAUUUUUGUUAGUAAUUUAUAAUAUGACUUAAUAUUUUAAAACAUAAUACUUUUUAUCAUAAAUUGAAAUAAUCUCAUUUUUUUGACGAGCGUUGUUUAAAAUCUGAUACUGAUGCACUAUGUGCUACACGCUAACCUCUCAUCUACAUGAGCGAGAACACAAUCUAUUUCUUAGACAAUGUAAUACACUUGUCCUUAAGUUUGAAACCAAUUGCGUGAAUCUGCUUUUGGAAAAGGAGUAAUUUGAUACGGUAGUGUGUCCUGGUCUGCUAUGUUAAUCAAGUAGGAAUUAAAGCAGUUGCCCAUGCAUGACAGUUACAAAUUGGCUGAUCUUAUCAAACACUGAACACUGUAUUUCUAUACUGUGGUUCAAUGAAACACCUACAUAUCCUGGCUUCUAUGUGUUAUGACUUGUGAACCUGCGUACCCUGUUCAUUGUAUAACGCAACAAUACCGCCAAUCAGAGAACAGCGAAUUAUCGAUCGAACCAGUGACGCACAAAACACGUGCAAGCAGCCUAGAGUCCUGAUUGGUCUCACUUCCUGUCUAGCCCAGCCAGUUAAGUCCAGAACACCAAUCUCAGCCUCUGCAAUAUGAAUCAUUUAUUUCAAACAUACUCGGUUUAUAUAUCGAUCAAACAGACCACAACGUACCAUAAAAUAGAAAAUAACAUUUGUACAAUAUUUAGCCAAAAGUGGCUGUGAAUGAGGGAGAUAGUAAUUAGUAGACAGGCCAUAACUCAAGAAUGUUAAAUCGUAUAGUAAUAGUCCAUGGGUCAAAUUAAAGCUUAUAAUAAGAGCGACAUGAAUAUGAACAGUUUAGUUACAUAACAAUUAUACGAUAAAAAUAUACUCAUAGCAUUGGUCCAUAAAUAGAUCCCAAGAAUUACCAUUCAUUAUUCUUAUCGGGAUAUAACACAAAGUCAUCUGUUUUAGUUAGUUUACAUUUCUAAGAAGUCUCAACCCAUUCGAAAAAUAGUAAAUUGAUGUUCCGCAGUCUUUACAGUCUUUAUCUGAAAACAUGUUUGUAACAAUUAGUUAACCAAGAAACUUCAAAGGGACAGCAUUCCUAUAUCGUUUUGAGAAUAUGUUUAAAUUAAGAAUGAUAGACAACCUUUUCUUCCCACUUUUUCUAACAAUGAGUGAACUAAAUAUGGUAGCAAAAUCCCGUGUUCUUAUAUACAAUCAACGAUAAUUUAAUUUUUCAGAUUUUCUGUUAUUUAUGUGGUGGAAUUAAGAGGUAAUUGAGUGGAACAAUAAAAUUCAGAUUUAUUUUCAUAAACAAACGAAUGGUGUUCAAUACACUGUAAAAAAAAGCGUUUAGUAAUCUACUGCAUCAGUGUGAAAAAAAUAUUCCAUCAGUUGCCCAAGUCUGUAGGUUGUAAAACGUCUAUAUGUAAAUGAAUUAAUGUAUUUUGUCAGUCAAACAGUCAUUGGUUUAUAAACUGAAAAACACAUUUAUGAAUAAGUAUUAUUUUGUAUGCAUUAGUUUACUUGAAAGAUUAAUUUUUUAACUGGUUAUGAAUCGCUUACGAUUUCCAACAUGCCUAGGGUGUUCAUAACAUUUUCCAGACAUUUGUCUAAGACAUUUUUCUUCAUCAUUUGAAUUCCCUUAAAAUUUGUCAUUAAUUUUGAUUUAUCUAUUCAUCAAUUCAUCAACCAAUUCGUAUGUAUUAGGUUUUAUUUCUUUUAAUCCUUUCCUAUUAUCAAGGUCAAUGAUUU